CUCAGUAGUAUGGCAAUUUGUUUCACCGUAACGGAUUUAUUUACAACCUUAACCUUUGUAGCCUUCAUUGCGAUAAUUGUGCAGUUAUUGGCCUCGUUGUCAGUAAAUAUUCAUGAAGAUAAAUAUACAAUAGAUACGCGCGUAGUUGGGUUAUCAAUCUAUAUUUUGGCGUAUGAAAAGGAGGACUUAUCUGUAAGUUGUUACACAUUGAUGUUGGAGUGUAUGUAGAAGAUAAAAUGUCAUUUGCAGAAGGUUCAAUGAACUUUUCCGAUGAGGACGAAAAUGAAACAUCGCUCAGUGGUAUUUUCGACUUACUUGAAAGUCCAGACUGUGAAUCUCCCGAAGUCAUACUACUCAUAGGAAGAAGUGGAGCGGGAAAGAGUGCCUUAAUCAAUACACUACACAAGGUCUUGACAGGGAAAUAUUAUCCAAUUGCAAAACAUGGGAGCGGUAAAGCAUUAACUGUUACUAUGGAACUGAACAGAUACGAACAUUGCGGAGCUCAACUGCAUAGGAUAUCCAACGCAUCAAGGAAAGAGAGAAUGAAUGACACAAUACGAAAAUUGCCACACAUCAUAGACUGCGCGGGACUCGCAGAUGAAAAUUCAUGGAAAUUACGUGAACUACUUGAACUUUUGAUAGGAGGUUAUAUUCGUCCUGGAACAAGCAUAUCGGGUUUAGAAAUUAUGCAGACGGAAUAUGGCGAAGGUGGCCUGACAACAGCUUUUGAUGUUUCAAACCCUGAAUGGAAGGUCACUAAAAUUGUCUUCGUGCAAGGGUGUAUAGAUGCAAUUCCAAUAAACCUUAUCGCAUGUUUGAGACAGACCUUGGAAAUCGUUGAUAAAGACACCUUUACGAGAAAAUAUCGAGUUGGCAUCUUUGUGUUGAUCACUAAAUAUGAUCUAGUUAAGGAUUCCAAAGAUAUCAAUCUUUACGGGAAGGAUCAAGACAAGUCAAUUAGUCUGACAGAUCUAGAGAAGGUCGAGACUGCUCUUGCACAGGAGCUGAACUUCGAGGGAGCCUUAGAAUCCAACAGAAUACGCUGGGUCAGCUUAACAGACAAUACUGGACUUGAUAAUCCUUAUGUGGAAAAUAUUGCGCUCAGAUUUCUAAAAAAGAUGAUUGAACCAGGGGUACCAGACGUUCAAUACACAGAGCCGAUUCUGAAUAUGAGAAAAAAGAUUAAACUAAAGAUGAAAAGAUGGGGAAACGAGUUGAAAGAGUUAUUUCUAUUGUUGUUAUUUGCUGCCUUUAUGGUCGCUUUGCUUGCUUUCUGUUACUAUUUGCUCAACGAAACCGCGGUACAAAGUGUAGUCAAUAAUAUAAUGGAAUUUCAGAAAAAAUGAGUUAAAUAACAGUCGCAAAAACAUGCAUUUUACGUCCUUAUUCUGUUUUUGUUAAAUGAUAAAACUUUAAGUACAAACACAUUUAAUGAAUGUUGAAUUAAAGAAGGAUAUAUCGCUACUGAGGUACAUCAAGACUGAUAUUGUGAUAGCGAAUUUAGAUCAAUAAAAAGAUCAUGUUUAACAUAUAACACAUCCAUGCCAAAUGAUACCUGGCUUCGUUCAAUGAAUCUUUUUAUUAGGAAUAAAGAAAAGUGUAACAUUCACCAGGCCCAAAGCUCCGGUUAAGGUGGAAUUCUUCUGUUAAACAGAAACAUUGAAUAAACUCCGCCAUCCGGAAGGACAAAAAAAUAAUGAUACUGUGUCAAGUUACGGGGCCAUAUUUUACGUCCGCCAAAGGUACUUGAAGACUUAUGUUAUGGUUUUUAAAUAAACCUAUAAAAAGUUUUUUGGUAGCAUAAAACACAACCAAGAAAAAUAACAGCAGAUUCACAAGAAAACAAGGACCAAUGUCCAACUAAAAAGCUAUAUUCGAACAAUGCAUCCGCCCAUACAUCACUCCCACGGAAUUAUCGGUACGUGAAAAUGUAUACAAAUUGCAAAGGCCGAGCACAAACAGAAACAUAUUCAGUAAAACAUAGAAGCAAAAGCAAAUUGACACAAACAUACAUGAAGAAAGAACUUGGUGUAAGUUUAUACAUGAUAUAGACUGCCAAAUAUAUAUAUAUAUGCAUCUUGAGGAAGUCAAAGUAUCUUUGGAACAGGAAAACUUCUUAGAUUGUACAAUUACUUUAUUCUUUUCUUUUUUACUCUUUUAUUAAUGAUCUAUGAUCAUUCCAACAUGUCCAAGAUCCCAACAAAAGAAUGUUCCAAAAUCCCAGGUAAAUAUAACGGCACAUUACGAAAUGAAUAGAAUUAUAUAUAUAUAUAGUGA